AUGUCGGAUUCGGAGGAGCAUGAAGGCUCAUAUGGGUACGAUGACUCUGACGAAGCGUCGUCUCUAGAGUUCAGUGACGUGGAUUACGGAGAUGACAAUUCACUGAAUGAAUUGGAUCAUGAAGACACGCACGCAAAAGUGAUGUUUUCUUUCCCUACUUCCACUACGUCCAGCGGUAUACCCACACAUAGAAUGAAAUAUCAAGCACUGUGUAUUGAUGAAAUACAAAAGUACAUAGAACAAAAAGUCAAAGAGCUGAGUGAUUUAUUGCAACUAGAUAAUGGGAAGUGUCUUGUACUGCUAUUGACAUAUGGAUGGAAUGAACACAAAUUGCUAGACGACUAUGUGAAUUGCGAUGAGCAGAGAAAACUCUUGCUUCAACAUGGUGUUUAUGACAAGGCUUAUCCGAAAGAUUUGAGUUGCUUACUGACGAAAGAGACCGGAGAAGAAGUCAUCUGCAGUAUAUGCUGUUGUUCGCCCGAGCCUUCGGAGCCAAUGACUUUUUUUUCACUUUUCGGCUGCAAGCAUAAAUUUUGUACAGAAUGUUACAGCCACUAUAUUCAAACCAAAAAUGAAGGAUCACAAGUUGUUAUUGACUGCCCCUUCUCGGAUCCCAAAUGCACGCUGAAAAUAACCACCCUAGAGUUGGGUAUUUUGAAAGAAAUGGAUUCCAAGAGAAAUAGGACGAUAUUAUCCAAAUACUGGUAUAAUGUUAGCAACCAGUAUUGUAUGACACAAGUGAAGAGAUUCAAACAUUGUCCGUACCCUGAUUGCGAGAGCGUGGUUGAAUUCUUAGGUUUUGAUUCAGACAAUAUCGCAAGCAUUGAAGAGCAAAUCAGUUUCUUGCUUAUACCACUGGUGAGGUGUGGUAGAAAGCACCAAUUCUGUUUUGCUUGUAUGGAAGUUUCCCAUGCUCCGUGUCCGUGCAAAGUUGUUGAGAAAUGGAAACAAAAAUGUGAAGAUGAUUCCGAAACCCUUAACUGGAUCCAGUCAAAUACGAAAGAUUGUCCAAAGUGUCAUGCGAUUAUUGAGAAAAACGGAGGAUGUAAUCACCUUACCUGCACAGCUUGUAAUUAUCAAUUUUGUUGGCUUUGUUUAGGUGAUUGGUACAUGUUUUAUUUCGAUCACUUCAACAAUCAAAGAAUUUCACACGAUAAAGAUAGAGAAAUUUUAGAGAAAUUCGAAAGCAGGAUUAGAGAGCUACAAAUAAAGGCGGGGGUGUCAUGGAUUGAAACUGUUUUUUACAAGGAGUGUGUCACUGCUUUACUAGAAUGUCGACAGAUACUCAAAUGGUCAUAUGCGUUCCUUUUUUAUGUUCCUAAAUGUCGAGGAAAACAAUUAGUUGAGGCUGCACAGUGGCAGCUUUCGGAUAAGGUGGAGCGUCUUUCCAAGCUAUUUGCCGAUACUCCUGCAGCUAACGUUUUAGCCUGCAAGGAAUCUUUUCUAUAUAUCAAGAGCUCGAUGAUUGUUGCCCAAGAGAAGUUUUUGGAAACAUGCAUCGACAUAUUUGCCGAUCCUACUACAAUGAAUUCGUUCAAGAGAAGACUGAACAUAACAUGA